GAGGAUGACGGAAACAUGGUGAUGAGGGAUGUCCAGGAGAAUGCCAAAGUGAGACGCUCUGCCUAUAACAUCCGAGGCAACAGGAGGAGAGUGACAUGGCACAGUGGAGGCCAUGGCCAUAUUACUGUAUGCAGAAAUAGAGACCCUCUGGAGAGAGAAAUGGGGGAGAACACACAAGAUGGACCCCCAGGGAGCUGGUUCAAGGUCACCGUUCCUUAUGGGAUACACUAUGACAAGACAUGGCUGAUGAACUCAAUCCAGAGCCAUUGCAGUGUCCCGUUCACUCCAGUGGAUUUCCACUACGUGAGAAAUAUGGCUCGAUUCUUUGUCCAGGAAGCCAGCACUGCCUCUGCCUUGAAGGGUGUCAGCUACAAGAUUUAUGACCAGGAGGGCCGAAAGAUACCUAUCUUUGUCAGUGCCUCUGCUGUUCCCUACUCUGUGCAGAAUAGGUUGGAGCCAGAAGAAAUAGAGCAGCUAAAGCUGACCUUGAACAAACGGUAUGAUGUCUUCCAGCAAGCUCUUGACCUCCAGAGGCUCCGCUUUGACCCAGACUUGAUGGCCCAUGAUGUUGAUAUAAUUCUGAGUCGAAGAAACUGCAUGGCUGCCACCCUGCAGAUCAUCAAGAAGAAUUUCCCUGAGCUGUUGUCCUUGAACUUGAGCAGCAACAAACUGUACCGGCUGGAUGGCCUGUCUGACAUUAUACAGAUGGCCCCCAUGGUCAAGAUCCUGAACCUCUCCAACAAUGAGCUGCAGUCUGUGUGGGAGUUGAGAAAGAUGAAAGGGCUGAAGCUUGAAGAGCUGUGGCUAGAAGGGAACCCAUUGUGUGGCACCUUCCCAGACCAGGCCACCUACGUAAGUGCCAUCCGGGAUUGUUUCCCCAAGCUGUUACGCCUGGUGAGUGCCAACGUUCGUCAUUGUCUCUUAGUAACCUUGGUGACCUCUGCACCUGCCCUCAAGCCCUUUGGGUCUUGCCUAGAUUAUACAUUUGCAUCAGAUCCUUAA